AUGCGUAAAGUCAAGCCUUAUUACUUUGAAUAUAAAUCAUAUGCAAAGGGUCGUUGGUUAGGAAGAAGUAUACUUGAAGUAUUUGCCUCAGAAUUUAGAGAUCGUAGUGAAGAAUAUUAUCGGUAUGCGAUUGAGAGAGGUCUACUUACUAUCAAUGAUCAAAAAGUGACAACAGAUACAAUUAUCAAGACUUCAGACGUCAUUGGUCACAAAAUUCAUCGCCAUGAACCUCCUUGUACAGAUCAACCUAUUAAAGUUGUGUAUGAAGAUGAUGAUCUUUUUGUAGUCGAUAAGCCUGGAGGUAUCCCAGUCCAUCCAGCAGGUCGCUAUAGACACAAUACAAUUAUUCAUGUGCUAAGAAAAGAAAGGGACAUUGCAAAACUCUAUCCUGCAAAUCGACUUGACUUGCCUACAUCUGGUUUAAUGUUGAUUGCACGCAAUUCAGCUAGAGCAAAACAAUUAGAACGCGAAAUGUCUGCAGGCUCCAUCAGGAAAGAAUACAUUUGUCGAGUUGACGGCAAAUUUCCAGAUGGUGAAAUUGUUUGUGAUGCGCCCAUCAAAUGUAUUUCACAUAAAAUGUCUGUCAAUUAUGUUCAUCAAGAUGGUAAACCUUCUGUUACUAAAUUCCAACGUCUCAGCUACAAUGGUAAAACCAGUGUUGUGCGCUGUAAACCUUUGACAGGUCGCACACAUCAAAUCCGAGUUCAUCUUCGUUACCUAGGGUAUCCAAUCUCAAAUGAUCCACUCUAUGGUAAUGGUACUUCUUGGGCACCUUUUAUUCGGCCCGGUGAAAGAAUGGAAGACAAAGAUGCUCGCUUAUUAGUUGACAAACUGUUUGAGUACUCUCCUAUGGAAGAAUGGGACGAAUCAGGUCAGCCUGUUCUGGCCGAAACGCCUUCUCUAGACGACUCGGAUAAUACACGCUGCUCAGAAUGCAGUGCAUCACUUGUAUUAGGAAAGAACUAUGAUCAACUGUGUAUCUUCUUACAUGCUUGGCGUUAUUCAGCUAGUGGUUGGGAAUAUGAAACUGAACUGCCAUUUUGGGCUAAAGAAGACUUCAACGAUGAUGAUGCUCCUCUAAAGUACAGAAAUACCUUUAUUGAAAAAUAA